AUGGUAUCAAAGUUGGAAUUUCUGCCGGGAGGAACCUCCCAUGUUUCUGUCAGGGACAGACCCCAGGGAUCUCGCCGCUUCCUCGCAGGGGGCACAGCGCUCUCUCUGCUGCCGCCCCCUCAGCCUCUCCCCGCUCCGGAGCCGCCGGUCCCGCCCGCAGCACGCGAGGGGCGCUCGGGCGGCCCGGGGCUGUGCCCCCUCCCUGCAGCCCAACAUGGAGGCUCCGGAGGAGGCAGCCCCGGGCCGGGGGCACAGCCCCGCCGCCUCUCGCCCCACCCCGGCGCUGAGGCGCUGCCCAGGGCACGGCUGAGCCCCGGGGACCCUCAGUCUCCCUCUCUGUCGCCCUGCCCGCCGGGCGCCCCGCGGAAGCCGGGCGGGCCAGAGGGAGCCGGAGCUCGUCUCGCUUCCUCCUUCAUCCCACGCGGGGCAGGAACUGCCGGGCGGCGGCAGCGCCGCGCCGGGGGCAGGUACGGACACUCACCGCGUCCGAGGAGCCGUCGGGAGCCGCGGCCGCCACCGAGUUUCGGUCGCUGUCCCGGGAAACAGAGAGCGAGAGCGAAGGAGUGCGGGCGGAGGGGCGGGACGGAGCAGUGUGUGCCCGGCACGGCACAGCCCGGCGCUCCCCGCCCCGCGCUCCGCUCCGCCCCCGGGCGCAGCUGCGGCCAUGCUCACCUGCUCCUGCUCUGCUGCUCCUCCUGCCCUGCCCCGCCCUGGAGGUGCGGUGCCAGGCGCUGGCUGUCCCUGCCAGGGCUCCCAGCGGCUCCUUCUCCUCCCUGCUGUCCCGUCUGCCCGCUCCCUUGGCGGUGGCCGCGUGUGGGAACAGCCAAGCCCUCAGCGCUGGGCCCCGCCUGA